GUGCUUUUAGCAGUAGCUGUUUGGAACGCUGAGUGCUUGGUUGCUAGGUCUGCGCUCUGGGGUUCGCUGUCACAGUCUCUCUUCCCGAAGCCCGGAACAGACCGGGCGCGUGCCCGCGUGUAGUGUGUGUGCGUGUUUUGUGAAUGUGAGGGGGACUCAGGGCAGAGACGUCCCCUCGCUGCCUUUUUUUUUUUUUUCCUUUUUAUCCAACCAAGGAGGCAGUUCGCACGCGUGCCUUCCUGUCUCCCGGUUGGGAGCGAGGUUUGUGUGUGGACUAGUUCGUCUUCUUUUUUCCUUUUAAACUUGUGAGCCCGGUUUUCUUUCUUUCUUUUUUUGGACUCAGUGCCGUCUGGGCUGGUUUCCGUGAUCCCUGACUAACCGCUUUCUGCCCGUUCUCUCUCCACCCCCGCCCAGAGUCUCCCCAGCGCCCUCGCCCUUGCCCGGGAGGGUGGGAAGCUUUGUCCCACUCCCUGCCCACCCGCGUCUCCGCAGCCGUAGCCGCACCUGCCUCAAUAUGAAUGGGGUCAGCGACCCACCUCUUUUUAUAAAAGAUAUUAAGCCCGGACUGAAAAACUUAAAUGUCGUCUUUAUUGUCCUGGAGAUAGGACGCGUGACCAAAACCAAAGACGGCCAUGAAGUGAGAUCAUGCAAAGUAGCAGAUAAAACGGGCAGCAUCACUAUUUCCGUGUGGGAUGAAAUCGGAGGUCUUAUACAGCCAGGGGAUAUUAUUCGGUUGACCAGAGGAUAUGCAUCCAUGUGGAAGGGGUGUUUGACACUUUAUACUGGAAGGGGUGGAGAACUUCAAAAAAUUGGGGAAUUUUGUAUGGUUUAUUCAGAAGUGCCAAAUUUCAGUGAACCCAACCCAGAUUAUCGAGGACAACAGAGCAGAGGGGCACACAAUGAACAGAAGAAUAAUUCCAUGAAUAAUAACAUGGGUACAGGUACAUUUGGACCAGUGGGAAAUGGGGUUCAAACUGGCCCAGAAUCAAGGGGAUGCCAAUUUUCAUAUGCUGGUAGAAGCAGUGGCCGGGGACCUACAAAUCCACAACUCCAAGGAACAGCUAAUAAUCAAACAGUCAUGACCACAAUAAGUAAUGGCAGGGACCCUCGGAGAGCCUUUAAGAGAUGACCUAUGCCAAAUACUCACAUGUAGUUUUUAAACUACGUGCCCUACUUGAACACUUACUGCACUUUUAUUUAUCGUUAACUGUGAAAACUAUGUCCUUUAUUGGUUUCCUUUUAUGUUUUUGGUUUGGUAACAAGACUGGUUUGUUUUUGUAGCAAAACUGUUCAGCUGCUCAAGUCUCCUGUUGAAGAAUUUGAAGAACGGGAACACUCUGAAAAGUAGGGGCAUUUAUUUUUAGAGCCGAAAGAUCUCUGGCUAUCCUCUAAAAAGCCUGCACCCAUUUCAUGGGUGAGUUACCUAAGAUAUCAGCAUGAUAGCCUCUAUGAGUCUGUCAUCCGUAUACAUUUUGUAAUACUUAAAAUUAGGCUUAGUUGGAGAUUUUCUUUUGUCUUGAAUUCAGGUAUUGCCAACUAAAGCAAUAACCACUAAGAAAACGCCCGAAAACUCGGUCAGUGCUAAUAGCAGUUUUUGAGUUGGGACUCCAGCAAUGAUUGAUGUCUUCAUUGAGUGACUGCCAUUAAGAUUUUCCAAGGACUGAAUCAUUCUAAACUCUUGUUUUAUUACCAAAAAAUAGAUUUGUCAGACUUAUGGAACAGAAUGGGAACUGUAUGAUAACAAGUAAUUUUUAUAAGAAAGCUGCAUUUAUUUUACAGUAGUUCUAUCAAUAUUUGUUAUCUACUUUGUGCAUUACACUGAAGGAAAAUUUAAAACUCGAGGCCUUGAAUAUUUAUUUUUUGAAACUACCGUGUCAGAUAUUGUGUGAGUUGAGGGAAUUAUAAUAAAGUCAUAAUAAAUGUUGAUUUAAUUAUUAAAAUUAUGGUGGAUAGACAUUAGAGUGAAGGCAAUUCAAAUUGAGUUCAUGUAGAAAUAUGCAGUCUUAAGUCAGAGAGUCCUAGGUACUUGCAGAAACUCGUCCUGAAGUGAAAAUCCUAGGUACUUGCCGCCUUUGAAGAGUGUGUGUGCGCGCGAUGUCAGAGUUCCUGAACACAGUUCACAAAGCCUUAUCAGCAAAAGUUAAAUGGCUCUCUCUACAAAGUGAACACAGCUUUAUUCAGAAUUGUAAAGGUAGAAUUUAUUUAUGUGUUUUAAGUGGUCCGCAGUUCCACUUUUUACUGUAGAGUGGAUAACUGGUAAAUUUUUCUGUUUGUUAGAGUUCAGUUCUUCAGUACUAUCUCUUGAAUAAAAUGUGCAUUAAUGUUAACGGACCUACCUUAUUUUUGCUCUUUGAAUGAUUUAUAGUGGAGAGCCAGCACGCUUUACUGUAGUUGUGAUGAUUAUUACUUCAGCCUGGCGACUGCUUAGCUCUGUAUUUGUCACUGUCUUUUUUCCCUAUCUUAAAUCACAAAUAAGUAAACUCUGUUUUCUAAGAA